AUGGAUCUCACGAUCCCGGCGUCGGGUUUCACGAACCGGACGUCGACUGCUCGAGGGCAAGGACGAGUGAUGAGAUCUCUUCCUCCUUCAAGAGAGCCUCCUGGCCUACCACUCUCUUAUGGCAGGGAAUGCAUCAUUCGUCAACUUCUUCUCUGCAGGGAAUUCAGACUGCAAGAUAACAUGAUGGUGACGGAACUCCCCGAAGGAAUCCUCGGGAAUGUCUCCUUCCAAUACAUCCGAGUGAAGAACACCGCCAUCGAAAGAGUCCAUCCGUCUGCCAUCCUGCCAUCGAAAAACCGGCUCAUAGAGCUGGAAAUUCAGCAUUGUCAUCUGAAGGAGUUCCCAUUCGAGAUCCUUCCGGAACUUUCAUCCCUCGCAACACUCCACCUUUGGAACAAUACCUUGACUUUUAUCCCGGCCCUUCAGAGCAAUAGUCUUAGGGUACUAUACCUCUCAUUCAAUAACAUCGUGAAAGUCGAGAGCAAUGGAUGGAUGACUCCUAAUUUGAAGGUAUUUGAUAUUGCUGUGAAUCCCUCCUUGGAGUUCCCCGCUGGAGUGGUGAAAAACAUGAAGAAUCUGGAGCUCUUUUGGAGUCCUCGGACCAAUCUUGGACCCACACUUUCAGACGGAAUGUUUCCGUUCCACAGCAAGUCUUUAAAGACGGUUGGGCUCGGUGACAACAACAUCGGAAGACUUGAACCGCAUGCCAUCACAGGUGUCACGUCGGACACAGAAGUGUUUCUAGACGGAAACAAGAUUUUUGAAUUAUCCGAGGAAGCCUUCCGGCCUCUGCUGGAAAUUCUUUCGCAGGGAAAGGGAUUCCUCAGCGUGAGGGGAAAUCCCAUUGAUUGUGAUUGCGGCUUGGCUUGGUUGAUUUCCGAAUCGAAUUUCCUGGGGAGUGUUCGUGGAAAUUGCAAAGAUGGAACCGAUUUGAUUAACCUGAAUCUGGAUUGUCAGACCUGUCCUUACGAGUGCGUGAGUCCUCAACAAAUGCCUUUCUGCACUCCGGGAACAGUGAAGACGUCGAGCGUGGACAACUGUCAACGGGGUGAAAUUUGUUGUCAGCGAAGCAUUUCCACAACACCUGCGACGACAGUUACGACGACAACGGCAAGGAUGCCCUCGUGCCCUGUCGAUUUCGGGUUUUCAUGUCUAAAUGCCGAAUAUGAGGCAUUAUGCGAUCAGGGCGUGGUCCUGCCCCUUGCCUGUCCUCUGAAGAAUCAAGUCUGCUGCCGAAUUAAAACCUCCAUCGAUCGUCCCCCGAUGCCAGGCAACGAGAGUGGAUGUGGACGACUUGUCGACAUUAAGCAUGGAUAUUUUAAGGUAUCAUGUGGCACGCCGCCUGAACAUUUCCGCAGCGGCAACAGUGCCGAGUGCACAAGAAAUGGAAUAUACGCGAUUGGGAGCGAUGUAUCAUAUUCGUGCGAUCGAUUUUAUGAACUAAAAGGAUCACCGUAUCGGACUUGUACUGAGGAUGGACAAUGGAGUGGAAACCAGCCGUUCUGCGAAGCGGAGUGCGGGAGGACGGUGCUACAAAAGCAGCUGUCCAGUGGGGGAAAGCCAUCCUUCGCGGGCGAAUGGCCGUGGCAGGCGGCCCUUUACGACGUCAAGGAAGGGGACGUCGUUUGCGGAGGAGCGCUGAUCCGAGAGGAAUGGGUGCUGACCGCGGCUCAUUGCGUCGUUAUUGGCGGCUCCGAGAGACCUCGUAACCGAACGGACUUCUUCAUCUACCUGGGGAAACAUAAUCGAUCGAACGGCAUGGACGAUGAAUUCGUGCAGAAGAGACAAGUGUCUGGGAUAUUCCUGCAUCACGAAUUCAACGCGCGAAAUUACGACUCGGACAUUGCCUUGUUGAAACUGACCGAACCUGUGGAGUUGACUCCGCGGGUUCAGUUGAUAUGUCUCCCGAAAAAAGAUUCCGACUUCAAUAUGGACGACGGAAAGAUCGGAUGGGUUGCCGGCUGGGGACUCGACGAAUCGAAUCUCCAAGUGGAUGUCCUGACGAAGUCACAGAUGCCAGUAAUUUCCAAUAAGGAAUGUCGUCGGGACACUAUUCAUAUCGAAGGGAAACCCUUGAUAGCUAAUACCUUGAACUCCAAUAUGUUCUGUGCUGGUCACAGUAAGGACACUCCUCUUGAAGAAUACGCAUCGGUGUGUCCCGGGGACUCUGGGAGCCCGAUAGUUUUCCCUUUCGAAAGCUCGAAAGCCAGCUAUUGGACGGCGGAAGGGAUCGUGAGCCAUUUUUUCAACAAGGCGUCUUGCUCCAUGAGGCGACCCGGACAGUACGGAGUCUUCACCAAAGUCAAUAGGUUUCACAGUGGUAAGGACAUCAAUAUGAGUAUGAUCCUCCUGAUGGCUCUGCUCUGUGAUGGUGCGGCAACUGGAAUAAUAUGUACACCAGAGAUAUGGCACAAGUACAUCGAUCCUCAUGCUCCACUUGAUAGUUGA